AUGAGUUUUCAUACCCAAGAUUAUAAUCAAUUUGGACAUAGUCUGUUAACUAAUCAAAAUGUCCUUAUGAACGGAAACAAUGCGCCCUUGUUGUUUUUUAUACCUAGCAAAGACCCCCAGCGGAAAUUAUAUAAAGAAAAGAUCAUUGAGUUCGGCGGUAUUUUGACUGAAAACGAACCGACGGCUGCUAAUAAUAUAAUCUUAAUCAGUAGCCAACCUCUUCACGGGAAGGUAUCAUUCAAGCCCCAAUUUAUUGACGAUUGUAUCAACCACGAAACCCUUGUUGAUUUAUCAAACUAUCAAAAUCCAGAGCUUCUGUAUGAACAGUCUUCCCAGAAACAACCUAAGAGCCAUAUCAAAUUUAGUCGAGCUGAAGAUGAAUUCAUAUUAGAACAGGUUAGAAGAAAUCCAAGAAAAAGAAAUAGUCAUGCGUUUUUCGAUAAGUUGGCAAACCUAGAACCUUUAAGAGACCAUUCUGGUAAUUCUAUAAGAAGCAGAUAUAGAGCUCAUUUGCGACCAAGACUUGAAUUCAUUUACAAGACUGAUUCGAAAGAUAAUUUAUUGACUGACUCAAAAGGUAAUCUUGUUCGAGUCUCUGUGGAAGAUUUUCCUUUUACCUUGAAGAAUAGAUUCACGGCUGAUGACGAUUAUUCUCUAUGUAAAGGUAUUUUAAAAUAUAACAUCGAUUUGAAUCUGGAAAAUUUCAAUCCUUAUGCAAACUUAACUGUUCCGGUGUCUUUUUUUGGAAACUUCAUAAGAAAUAAGGAGGCAAAGGGUCACACAGUUCACUCAUGGAGAGAUAGAUACAGAAAGUUUGUGUCUAAGUAUGGUGUUCAAAAUUACAUUGAUUACUAUGAAGCGUGUAUGAAUGAAAAUCGAAUACCUGAACCAAUUACUAAUAAGCCAGAGAAUGAUAUUAGCUCAGAAUUCAGACAGAUGAUUGGCUCGAGCUACUCAUCAGAUCACUCCAACAAAGAGAAGUCUGAUGCCUUAGAUGAAGAGAUAGGUGAAAUCAAAAGUUCAAAUAUUGAUCACGCUCUACUCGGUCAAGUUCAUGACAAAGAAGAUGAAAUAUUACAAUCAAAAAGCAUAGAAGAGGAGUUUAAUCAAGAAAGCAAAGAAAAAGAGGAUGAAGAUGGACACAGUCAAGGGCAAGGAAAAGGGGAGAAAAGGGUUGAAGAAGACUUGAAUGAUGAUGAAGAGGAUGAUGAAGAGGAUUAUGAUGAUGCCAACGAUACGCAAGUUGAUACACAAUCAUCCCAGAUAUCCAUACAGUAUCUUGACAGAUCCAUCAAGUUUGAAGAUUUGCUAAAUUCAAAUUUCUUCAAUUAUAGUGACCCAAAUAAAUUAUUAGCGAGUGCUUUCGAAGCUUUAAACAAUAGAAAUGACUCAGAUGUAUCAACAUUAUUCAAAAAGUUCAAGAAUCUCGGUUUCAAUGAAGGUUUUACGGCUCACAUGGUGAUGUCAACGAAUGGCGAUGUUUUGAAGAUUAAAAACUUUAUUGAAUAUUUCUUAAAUCGUCUAUAUGGUACAAUGAAUGUUGAGAGUUUCAACGAAGAUGAGCUUUAUAAGUUUUUCAGAAUUGAUAACAUUAAUGGCAUUUGGAAUGAAACUUCUGACGAACUAUUGGAUUCUCCUGAUGAACAUAAAUUGCUAAAGACCCACAGCGAGAAUCAAAUCAAAAGUAGAAAAAACUUCUUGAAGGCCCUUAAUCAAUAA